AUGACCAUCACAGACUCGCCAGCGCAGCCUUUUGUCGCCAAGUGGGGCAUCAUCGGAUGCGGGUGGAUCUCGUCAGAGUUCUGCAAGGACCUUGCCUUCAUCCGCCCAGAGGUGACCGACGUCUCGCAUGCAGUUGUGGCCGUAGGAUCACGUGACAAGGCAAAGGCCGCAGCGUUCAUUGCCGAGAACAUGCCUCAGGGUGCGCGUGCCCAGGUUGAAGGCGUGUACAGCGCCAAGCCUCAGCCUUGUGGAUCAUACGACGAAGUCUACGACCAUCCCAAGGACGUGGAUAUCAUUUACAUCGGCACCCCCAACCAGUCCCACUUUACCGCUGCCAAAGCCGCUCUCCUCAGGGGCAAGCAUGUGCUCGUCGAGAAGCCAGCAUGCCUUAACGCUGCUGAGUGGGCGGUACUCACCGCACUUGCCGAGGAGAAGCGUGUCUUCUUGAUGGAAGGACUGUGGACGAGGUUCCAGCCUCUUACCUCCAAGUUGCGUGACGCUCUCCACAAAGACAAGCUUAUCGGUGACAUCAAGUUCGUGCAAUCGGACUUCUCAAUGGCGUUUUACAACUCCCUUCCGGACACGCACCGCACGAUCGCUCUCGAGGCUGCAGGCGGCGCCAUGUUCGAUCUCGGAGCUUACGCCAUGCUCCCUGCCCUCAUCGCGCUGCAUGAGAACCCGGACAACCACAUGUCGCCUCCUGAACACCUAUCGGCAUCCAUGCUCAAGACUCGCCAGGGCACGGACCAGAGCACGAGCUUUAGCUUUGAUUUUCCCCGGAUUGACGCCAAGGCCAUCAUGUCGACCAGUAUCGCAUACAACUCUCCCAAGGACCAGCCGUGUGUGAUCGUUGGCACCAAGGGAGAGAUCGUCCUCCAUGGCCACCUCUCGCGUCCCUCGGGCAUGACCAUCAAGAUUAUUGACCAGGACCCCGCGCCCUUCAUCACAAAGUGGAAGGAGCCCGUCAAGGUGGACGCCGACGUUGGGCCUGGUUUUGGGCUGUACUUUGAAGCGGACAGUGUUGCGCGGUCCUUGCGCGAUAGCGAGCUCCAGAACGCGACCAUGCCUCAUUCAGAGACGGCACUCGUCCUUGGCCUUUUCGACUCCAUUCGCAAACUGGGAGGCUAUACCCUUCCCCCUGGCUUGGAGCAGGCGUGA